AUGCCCGAGGUCGAACAAUCCGUCGCACAGUGGGUUCUCCAAUGCGAAGAACUGGGCGUGUGCUUGACCGGCGAGCUCAUUCGCAAGCAAGCGACAAUCUUUUGCAGCCAGCUUCAAGGAUGGUUUCAAUGUCGUCAUGGCUUUACCAGCAAGAUCCAACACGGCGAGGCAGCGUCAGUUCCACCCGAAGCAGUAGCGUCCGGUCGUGUCGUCGUCCGCAACAUCACCAGAGGCUUCAACGCAAGCGAAGUCUACAACAUGGUUAAGACCGCUUUCUUUUAUCGCAUGUCUCCUCACCGUUCUAUCACCCGAAGCCGUGUGCCUGGAACAAAGAAGUCAAAGGACAGGAUCACGAUUGCGCUUAGCACAAACGCCGACGGAUCCGACGUUGUUGACCCAUUGUUCAUCGUGUCGGCUGCCCGUCCACGCUGCUUCAAUGGUGCUCCCGCAAGUGCUUUGGGCUUUAACUACAUGUCAAGCAAGAAAGCAUGGAUGAACAGUAGUCUCUUCACUUCGUACUUGCGCAACCUGGAUGACCACAUGGCUACCGAGGGUCGCAACAUCUUCAUGUUGGCCGACAACGCGCCAUCCCACAAAGUGGACGAAGAUGUGCAUCUAUCAAAUGUCAAGGUCAAGUUGCUCCCGAAGAAUACAACUACUCACCUGCAGCCUCAAGACGCAGGCAUCAUUGCCUCCUUCAAGGCCAAGCUUAAGCAGCGGCAGUUGCAGAAUGUCCUGGACCAAAUUGACAACGUGAUGUCAGGACGUCAAAAAUAUCAGUAUGAUGUACCUCUUGUAGAAGCCAUGGGAUGGGCCAAAGAGGCGUGGCGAUCUGUGACGCAAUCGACCGUUGUCAACUGCUGGAGCCGCGUCGGCAUAUUGGACAAUGACUUCUAG